AUGGAGGACUUCUCCUUCACCGUCGACACCUCCUACUCCCGCGGCCGUUCCCCUCUCCACGGCCACCACACCACCCCUGCCACCUCCAUCUCCCGCAGCCCCCGGCUGCGGCGGAGGUCUCGCCGCCGCCCCUCCACCGAUGACAUAUCAUGGCAAAACUCAGUGUCAUGGCAGUUCGAGUCCACCGAGUGGCGCCAGCCCGGUGGUUUCGGUGCUGCCCUCAGCCCAUGGACCCCAGCAUCCACCACCAUCCGACCUAACCGCAGCCCGGCCAUGUUCAGCCGGUCGGCGAAGGAUUACUUCCUCUCAAGAACCUCCAACCCACUCUACGAGCAAUCACGUCACGGUAGCAGGCUAGAGCUCCACAGCCAUGUCUCGCGCGCUCGCCACCGGUCUCGGGAGUUCAGCAGGCGCAACCAUGAUGCGAGCACGUCUUCUAUAUUCACAAACUUGGGAGUCUUUCAAGGUCGAGGAGGCCGAGCCAGCACAACCGGCACCGACGCCUCCUUGGCUGGUCUCGAUGAGCUGAGCAUGGUCGAUUACAGUGUGCCAGAGCUCAUCGCUCCCCGAAAUAGCCUGCACUCUGCAAGGAUCGAUCAUUCCUUGAACCAUCAUCAACAUCAUGAUGAUCAUUUGCAUGACGUAUCCUUCUCUCAUGUUCACGAUACCGAUCAUAUCUACGUAACACCGAGGAGGCGCCGUGAUGGUGAAGUAAGUUAUAGUCAUGGAGAUAGACAUGGUCAUGACCUCAGUUCGACGUAUGGAGAUGGACAUGGGCAUCACGGGUACAAUAUGCAUGAGUAUGAUGAUGAUGGAUAUGGUGAUGAAGAUGAUGAUGAUGAGGAGGAGGAGGAGGAGGAUGUGAGGGUUACUCCUCCUGUGGGUCUAUUUAGCUUGUUCAAAUAUUCGACAACGUCGGACUUGGUUCUUAUUUUCUUAGGCUGCAUAGGAGCUUUGAUCAACGGAGGAUCCCUUCCUUGGUACUCCUAUUUGUUUGGAGAUUUUGUCAACAAGAUUGCAUUGGAGUCGGUAAAUGACAAGGCCCAGAUGAUGAAGGACGUCCAGACGAUUUGCCUUUAUAUGGGUGCACUUGCGGCAUUAGUGGCGAUUGGAGCAUAUAUGGAGAUCACUUGUUGGAGAAUGGUGGGGGAAAGGUCAGCGCAAAGGAUUCGAAGAGAGUACUUAAGAGGCAUACUUAGGCAGGAUAUUGGGUUCUUCGAUACCGAAGUUAGCACUGGGGAUGUGAUGCAUGGGAUAUCCAGUGAUGUUGCACAGAUCCAGGAAGUAAUUGGGGAGAAGAUGGCACAUUUUGUUCAUCACAUUUUCACCUUCAUCUGCGGCUACUUGGUGGGCUUCAUUAAGGCAUGGAAAGUGGCCUUCGUUGUUUUCUCCGUGACACCAUUGAUGAUGCUCUGUGGCAUUGCUUACAAGGCAGUGUAUGUUGGCCUCACUGCCAAGGAAGAGGCUUCAUAUCAAAAAGCCACCAACGUAGCUCAGCAAGCAAUUAGCUCGAUCAGGACCGUGCUGUCGUUCGUGAUGGAGGAUCAAAUAGCCAACAAGUAUGCCAGGUGCCUCGAGAAGUCGUCUCCGAUCGGGAUGAAGAUUGGGUUUGCCAAGGGAGCUGGAGUGGGAGUGAUCUAUUUAGUUACCUACUCGCAGUGGGCUCUCGCCUUCUGGUAUGGGUCUCUGCUGGUUGCCAAGGGUGAGAUCACUGGAGGAGCAGCCAUUGCUUGCUUCUUUGCUGUCAAUGUUGGCGGAAGGGGGUUAGCUUUGUCACUAUCAUAUUUUGCACAAUUUGCACAAGGAACUGUGGCAGCAAGCAGGGUGUUUGAGAUCAUCGACAGGGUUCCUGAGAUCGAUCCCUACAGCUCUGAAGGAAGGACACUCUCAUCUACUAAGGGCCGGAUUGAGUUCAAAGGAAUCAAGUUUGCGUACCCUUCUCGCCCUCAAGCGCCGAUCCUUCGGGACUUCAACCUCACCAUCCCUGCAUCCAAGACUGUAGCCCUGGUCGGAGCCAGUGGGGGCGGCAAAUCCACCAUUUUUGCUCUCAUAGAGAGGUUCUAUGAUCCAGACCAAGGAUCAAUCUGUUUGGAUGGUCAUGAUAUAAGGACUCUUAGGCUGAAGUGGCUGAGGGAGCAGAUGGGGCUGGUGGGCCAAGAGCCCAUGCUCUUACCAACCUCCAUACUUGAGAAUGUGAUGGUGGGAAAGGUGAAUGCCACCAAGAAGGAAGCCAUUGCUGCAUGUGUGGCUGCCAAUGCCCACACCUUCAUCUCCGGCCUUCCGGAGGGCUAUGACACCCAGGUUGGUGAUCGUGGAGCACAACUCUCCGGCGGCCAGAAGCAAAGAAUUGCAUUGGCUCGGGCAAUGGUAAGGAAUCCCCGGAUACUCCUCCUCGACGAGCCCACAAGUGCACUGGACUCUGAGUCUGAGGUUGUAGUCCAACAAGCCAUCGACCGCAUAUCUGUUGGUCGGACCACCAUUAUCAUCGCCCACCGCCUAGCUACGGUCCGGAAUGCCGACACCAUUGUUGUCCUCGACCAUGGAUCUAUUGUUGAAUCCGGCUGCCACCGAGACCUCAUGGGCCGGGCUGGGCCUUAUGCCAGCCUAGUGAAGCUCGCCGCAUCCAAUAACAUCGGGAACGAUGGUGAUCUUCGGCCCAAUUGGCCCAACCCACAGCACAAGGCCCGUCAGACCAGCUUGGUUGACCAGUCAGAGCAUGACCUCUCAGGAUCCAAGUACGUGAAAUCCAUGCAAGUGGUAGAAGAAGAAGAGGGCAAAAUAGAGGUACAAUAUCCAACCAAACCUUACACCACUUCAGAGCUGUGGGCCCUUCAGAGACCGGAGCUUCCACUCCUCGUCGUCGGGUUUCUUUUGGGUAUAAAUGCCGGCGCCAUCCUCUCCAUCUUCCCACUACUUCUCGGCCUGGCACUCCAACUCUACUUCGACGAGGACGGCGCCAAGAUGAAGAGAGAUGUGGGCUACCUGGCACUAGGCCUGGUGGGCCUGGGCCUAGCCAGCAUUGUCUCCAUGACUGGCCAGCAAGGCUUCUGCGGGUGGGCUGGAACCCGGCUCACGGUCAAGGUCUGCAACCUUCUUUUCCAGUCGAUUCUCCGGCAGGAGCCUGGCUGGUUUGACUUCGAGGAGAACUCGGCAGGUGUAUUGGUCUCGAGGCUCUCGGCGGACUGCACCGCCUUCCGGUCCAUGCUCGGUGACCGCUACUCAAUCCUCUUAAUGGGCUUGGGCUCAGCAGCAGUUGGGCUCGGCAUAUCUUUCAUCCUCGAUUGGAGGUUAACACUUGUUGCAGUGGCCUUGACUCCCUUUACCCUAGGUGCUAGCUACUUGAGCCUGCUCAUUAAUGUAGGGCCCAAAUUAGACAACAGCGCGUACGCACGUGCGAGCACUAUUGCAGCCGGCGCCGUGUCCAACAUUCGGACGGUAAUGACAUUCUCGGCCCAAGAAAAGAUCGCGUCAUCAUUUGAGCAAGCCUUGUCCGAGCCCACUAGCAAGUCCAUGAAGCGGUCGCAGAUCAUGGGCCUUGGGCUUGGGCUCUCCCAGGGGGCCAUGUAUGCUGCCUACACCCUGACCCUAUUUGUUGGUGCAUACCUGAUCAAGAAGAGACUUUCGAAUUUUGGCGAUGUGUACAAGAUAUUUUUGAUAUUGGUCCUUAGCUCAUUCGCUGUGGGCCAGCUAGCGGGCCUGGCCCCUGACACCUCUGGGGCACCAAUGGCAAUUGACAGGGUGUUUUCAAUCGUGAAACGUAGGCCAUUGAUCAAUGGCGAUCGACAGAAUGGGAGGGUGAUGAAGGGGGGAAAGUUGCUUGACGUGGAGCUGAAGAGGGUGACAUUCGCAUACCCAACGAGGCCUUACGUGAUGGUGCUGAGGGACUUCUCCAUGAAGGUGAAGGCAGGGAGCACGGUGGCGGUUGUUGGCGGCAGCGGAAGCGGCAAGUCGACGGUGAUAUGGCUGGUGCAGCGAUUCUACGAUCCUGAUGUUGGAAGAGUUAUGGUGGGUGGGGUGGAUGUGAGGGAGAUGGAUGUGAAGUGGCUGAGGGGAGAGUGCGCCUUAGUGGGCCAGGAGCCGGCCCUCUUUGGAGGAACAAUCAGAGAGAAUAUUGCAUUCGGGGGCCCAAAAGCUUCAUGGGCUGAGAUAGAGGAGGCCGCAAAGGAGGCCCAUAUCCACAAGUUCAUAAGUGGGCUGCCCCAAGGAUAUGAAACUCAGGUAGGGGAGAGUGGCGUCCAGCUAUCGGGCGGUCAGAAGCAGAGGAUAGCAAUCGCACGCGCAAUCCUGAAGCGAUCCAGAAUUCUAUUGUUGGACGAGGCAACCAGUGCAUUGGACGUAGAAUCUGAGAAGCAUGUCCAGGAGGCCUUGAAGGAGGUAUCGAGACGUGCUACGACGAUCAUCGUAGCACAUAGGCUUGCAACAAUCAAAGAGGCAGACAGCAUCGCUGUGGUUCGGGAUGGCAAAGUCGCCGAGUUUGGAAGCCAUGAUGCAUUACUCGCGAACCAUCUCGAUGGGAUGUAUGCUGCAAUGGUUCGAGCAGAAAUGGAGGCCCAAGCACUCCCCUAAGAAAUCCGAAGAGCCUUUUUUAUUAUUACUAUUAUUUUGGAUACCAGCAAUAUACAAAUUGUCACCGUAUCCUGUUGUGUACUUGUUCUGUUUUCUGAUAACCUGCCUUGGAUUUCCAUAAAUUCUUAGCGAGUUGUUGAAGGCAUGAUCAUAAUGUAUGUUUCCUAGGGCAAUCAAGUGAGAUGCCAGUAUAAUCAUGGGAGG